GAUACACCAAAUUUCUUCUCUUCUCAGAAUGUACGCUAACGAUAAGAAAAGCCUGAUUAUGAAGACAUGGAGACGCUGUCUAUCAUUGGGAGCAAGAAGGUCCUCGAGCGACAAGUGUUCUUGCGAUUCAUUGGCAAAGAGCAAAUCCUGGAGCUGCACCACAACAUCGUCAUCUGGAAAAGAAAAGACGCGUAGUCAAAUUGCUCCAGAAGGUUGUUUCUCAGUGUACGUUGGGCCAGAGAAACAAAGGUUCGUUGUCAAGACAGAGUUUGCUAAUCAUCCAUUGUUCAAGCUUCUGCUAGAAGAUGCUGAGACAGAAUACGGGUUUAGCCGAGGUCCAAUAUUGCUUCCAUGCGAGGUGGAGUUGUUCUACAGAGUGUUAGCGGAGAUGGAAAGUGGUGGAGAUAAGAACAAUAUCGAUUCAGCUGAUUUCAGAUAUGGUAAAGUUUACAGUCCACUUCAACUUUUUAGCCCCUCUCGUAAUCGAAACUUGAACGCUAACAAAGGUUAUGGAGCUUACCGGCUUCUCAGUCCCUCCAGAAUGCUAAAAGUCAAUGGCUAUUAGCUUGAUGAAAGUUUAGCCUUUUGAUACGUUUAUACCAGCCAGUCUAUCUCUUAUAUUCCACUUAAUUAAUACAUAGUUAACACAGAUGUCUUGCACAUAAAGCCUGCGUAAUUUUGUUAAUAAGGAAACAAUUUUGUAGACCCUGACUCACUUGUCUAACUGUACAACGAGAAAGGAAACUCUAGCCUUUCUGGAUUCAGUUAAUAAUAAUAAUUGGAUUUCGUUUACAAGCUAA